AAACUGCGAGCUACAAAGAGGGAGGAAAAUUACUUUUUUUUGGGAGAUUGAUGUAAUAACGUCAUCUUUAUUUAAACAGUUUUGUUUUACAUUAUCAAACCACUAUUAGAUUACUUGGUUUACUCGGAACUGUGUGAACUAUUUACUAUCAAAUAUUACUUCUAUUAAGUCCUAAAUCAAGCCAUAAAUGCCGGUCAUAAAUGACACAAUUCGUUGCUAUAUAGACUUCUGAAUUUAGACAGCCAACUACUAACACUUACCGCCUUACCAGUCUGGUGCGGUUGAUUCACCGGAAGAUUGGUUAUCAUGUCCGGAUAACCUGAUAGGGUAUCGGUUACCUAGGUGUUGCCUAGCCGCCGCCAAAAAUAACUAUCGCAAUUGCUUAGUACAUUCAAGCAGCUCAAUCGAAAUGGACGGUCACAGCUGGCUUCACUUCAGCAACGGAGCAAUCCCCCAGGCAGCCGUUGUGGCUGGUCACGAUUCCGAUGGCGACACCAUCUUCAUUGGCCGCGCCUUCUACUGCAACGACAUGCUGCCGGCCAAGAUUAUCCCCAACAAGGGCAAGGCCUACGUGGCGUAUGCCAACCAGGAGGUGGAGCUGGAGAACUACGAGGUACUCAGCGGCUUCAACUACGAGUGGCUGCCGGCCGAGAACGGAGAGGUGCCUCCCGGCGCCGUCAAGGUCGGCCAGAAUGUCGACGGAGAGACCUUGUACGCCGGAAGGGGCUACCAUGCCGGCAGUUUGACCGUGGGCAAGGUGCAUCCGUCCCACGGCUGCCUGUACAUUCCCUACGAUUCCGAGGAGGUUAAGAUAUUCGCCUACGAGGUUCUGUCCCGUCGCUUGGAGGCGAGAUAGGUGAUCCAUUUUCAGUUAUUGCCUGUUAAUCACAAAUAAAUUCGACACUU